AUGUCCAAGUCCAUCAGCAGUAGAGGCUUCAACGGCAGCAGCAAAGACGACCACGAUCACUUUCGCCAUGACAAUCCACGACCUACCUUUGCCGACCCUCCCUUCUCCUGUCGAGCCUCUCUUUUUUGUUGUCCCGUUGCCGAGAGCAACCCUUCACACUUGCCCCGAACUUUCGUCAAUCCUGGCCGGCACUUGAUGAAUCUUCAACUUCGAUCAUUCCUCGAAUGUGCUGACCACCCUGACCACACCAUUCCAAAGUGCGAUGUUUCCCAUAUUGUUGAGGUGACCACCAGACUUCUUCAGAAUGGUUUGACGCACCUCAAUGACGGUCAAGGAAACCAGGAGCAAUGGAACGUCCGGGCUGCCGUGGGCUGCAAAGAACACGUGGCUUUCAAGACACCCCCUUUGGAGGAAGAUGAGAGCAACGGCAUGGUUCUUGACCAGGACAUGCAAGAGGACAUACCGUAUUCGACCUACCAAAGCAUGUCUACGCGUCAAUUCGUCACUCAGAAUGGCAGCAACACCUGGCAGGUCCCGCCACAUUCGCGCCAGUAUCGAGACAAUCACCCGGAUCACUCUCAAGGCAGGAGCCGUGUGGAGAAAUAUAUGGAAAUACCCCCGUUCAAAACCAUCCCAUAUACAUCCGAUGGUUCUUCUGGCAAUGGUGCUUCCGGGCUCAUGUCUGCGAGACCAUGGAUACCAUCUUGCAGCUUGUUGAUGUGGUGUACUCGACACAACAUGUUCUAUGAAAUCCACGUGCUGUCGUGA